AUCAGUGUGCAUACUGUUCAGAGGGAUGGAGCAUCAUCCAGCAUCACAUGCUGGUACCUUCUCUCCUCCAACAUGGACCAGUGUUUGGCUCUGACGUCAGCCGUUACCGCCCUGCCUGCAGUAUCGGUGCCUACAGAUGAGGAUGGAGACGGGAGAGGCGGCCUCGCCAUGAAUCCCAUCCGGAGGGCGAAUUAAGGCGCACGAAGACUUAACUAUCCAAAAACUUUCGGAUGGGUACACUGAAACGUGCACCUUUCAAGUCUGGCACACGAAGAGAUGCUUCACGGCAGCCAAACACGGGAGCAGCGAGCUGAGCCGCUCCGGUCGGGGGCUUCCUCAGUUUGGCAGAGCUCCCGCAAGCGCGCCCACUGUGGAGGAGAUUUAGAGAAGAGAUCCACUGGGUGAAGAUCACCAACACUUCAGAUUCCAACACCACCGUGGAUUUGAUGACCAGAGUGGAAGGAAUACCUUUUAAAAGGGUGGAGCUGCGCUUUUUUAAUAAAUGAUGAGGAAUUUCGCACGUCACUCUCAGCCAAUAGGCUAAUUGUUAAAGGUUGAUUUGAUGUUUGUGUCUGACAGACAUUGUAUCCAGUGGUGGACAACCACAGCGCCUUGUUUUUGUGUCUGAACAAUGACACGGGUGAUGUGAUUUCAGCGGACCGACUGCUAGAGGUGAUGGCUGCUGCCUGGUGCGGGACUCCCCCAGCCAUUCAUGGAAAGCGCCCUGACAGUGGCUCUCCACUGUUUAUGCAAUCCGACGCAGUGUUGCAAGUGGGAUAAUCUGAUGCCACUCUGCUGUCUCCAUAUGAUAUGAUCCCCAGAACUAGCAGACCUUCAUGUUCCUGUGACAUAUGCUCAGGCCUUGUAGGCUAUAAACAUAAAGUGAAGGAGCUGUCGCUGCACGGGGAUGAGGAGGCGAUGCUCUUCUGAACAGGGUGCCCUCUUUGGAUUUAAGGCGUAAAACGCGGGGAAAGCCUUCAGACUGACCAUGUCAAAAGUUGUCAGUAGCAAGGAGAAGAAAUCCUUCAGCAAAAAGCUCUUCCGGAGGAGCUCGGUGCGCUCAGUGGGGAGCUUUAUGAACAGAGUUCUCCGGACUCUGUCGACUCUGUCUCAUUUUGGCACCGACGAGCAGGCCGCCGAGGACGAGAAGGACGACUCAGCCUUGAUCCCGACCACCACCGCAGGGUCAGUCCCGUCCGACGACAGUGACUGCGGGGGAUUUCCCUUCGGGGACAAGGUGCCGGGUGUCGCCGGACUCAAGAACCACGGCAACACCUGCUUCAUGAACGCUAUCUUACAGUGCCUGAGCAACACGGAGCUGUUUGCUGAGUACCUGGCUUUGGAGCAGUUCAGAGGGGGAGAGACGACCAGCAACAACGAAAAGGCCAAGUCUAACGGGGUGCUGGUGCAGAAAAAGGGGAGCCAGCAGCAGGAGGCAGGAGAGGUGACUGAGCAGCUGUCCGGGCUGGUUCGGGCUCUGUGGACCUUUGAGUACACCCCUCAGCACAGCAGAGACUUCAAGAAUGUGGUGUCAAAGAGCGCCCUUCAGUUUAGGGGUAACUCCCAGCACGAUGCCCAGGAAUUCCUCCUCUGGUUGCUGGAUAGAGUUCAUGAAGACCUGAACCAUAUUGUCCACCCUGACAGCAGACCCCCCAGGAAGCCUCCAGUAGAAGAAGAAACUGCCCCUGAAGGAACUCCACUACCAGCACCUGGCUCUUUUGUACAGGAGCUGUUUCAGGCACAAUACAGGUCCUCCCUGACUUGCCCUCACUGCCAGAAACAGAGCAACACCUUUGAUCCUUUCCUCUGCAUCUCACUGCCAAUCCCAGUACCUCACACUCGGCCUUUGUAUGUGACGGUGGUGUACCAAGGAAAGUGCUCUCACUGUAUGAGGGUCGGAGUGGCAGUGCCUCUCUCUGGCACUGUGUCCAGGCUGAGACAAGCUGUGGCCCAAGAGACCAAAAUCCCUGCCCAACAGAUUGUCCUCACUGAAAUGUACUAUGAUGGCUUUCACCGCUCCUUCUGUGAUGAUGAUGAGGACCUCGAGGCCAUUCAGGAGAGCGACUCCAUCUUUGCCUUCGAGACACCUGAGCUAUUCAGGCCAGAGCAGAUCCGCUCCAAGCGAGGCGGGAGCCCACAUGCAAAUCUCAACCAGAACAACUUGAAGUAUGGCACAGAUAAUAACAGGAUAUCCACACAAAUACAAGAGCCUACAACACCACCUCUGAGUCCUAAUAAGAAUAGUGGGCAGGCUGAGAAGAUUGUCCUCUUGGUGUGUAACAGAGCCUGCGCUGGACAGCAAGGACGCAGGUUUGGUAAUCCAUUUAUUUUGUAUUUGGAGCGUACAGUGACCUGGGACACACUACAGAAAGAGAUCCUGGAGAAGAUGCGGCACCUUUUGCGCCCUGGAGUCUUUGUGCAGGUGGGGCCCUUCACUUUGCGUGUGGUGGGAGUGGUUGGAAUCACAUACCUCUUGCCUCAGGAGGAGCAGCCGCUCUGCCACCCCUUGGUGGAGAGAGCAUACAAGGCUUGUGGUCCUGGAGGGCCACCUCAUGUCAAAAUUGUUGUUGAAUGGGACAAGGAGACGAAAGACUAUCUGUUCAAAAGGACUGAGGAUGAAUACAUCCCAGAUGCUGAAAGCGUGCGUCAAGUAAAGGAGCAGCACCUUCAGCCUCAGACCUGCUCCCUUGCCCAGUGCUUUCAGCUCUACACCAAAGAGGAACAGCUUGCUCCUGAUGAUGCAUGGCGAUGUCCACAUUGUAAGCAGCUUCAGCAGGGCAGCAUCAAGCUUAGUCUCUGGACCCUGCCAGACAUCCUCAUACUUCACUUGAAGCGCUUUAGACAGGAUGGAGAUCGACGGAUGAAAAUGCAGAACAUGGUGAAGUUCCCACUGACGAGCAUGGACAUGGCACCCCAUAUGGUAAAGAGGAGCCAGAGUAGCUGGAGUCUCCCCUCCCACUGGUCACCAUGGAGACGGCCUUAUGGGAUGGGCCGUGAUCCUGAGGACUACCUUUAUGACCUGUAUGCGGUGUGUAACCAUCAUGGGACCAUGCAGGGAGGACAUUACACAGCUCACUGUAAGAACUCCAUUGAUGGACAGUGGUAUUGCUUUGAUGAUAGCGAUGUUCAUCCCAUGUCUGAGGAUGAGGUCUGUAAACAGACUGCUUACAUUUUGUUUUAUCAAAGACGUGCCACUGUUCCAUCUUGGUCUGCCAACAGCUCCGUGGGAGGAUCCACCAGCUCUUCCUUGUGUGAGCACUGGAUUAGUCGGCUGAUGGGGAGCCGUCCACCCAGCCAAGCCUCAUCUGGCUCCUCCAGACGCACCUCGUUGGCCUCUCUCUCCGAGUCUGCCGAGUUUGCUGGUGAACGGAGCGAGGACGAUGGCUUAUCGACCCGACCAGCUGUAAGGGGCAUGCAAAGACAAACAUUCUCCUCGAGAUCUUCCAUUGCCAGUCCACUGGCUCUCAGUGAAAAUGGCACUAAACCGUCCUGGUCACACUCUGCUAAGCUCCAGCUACGCUCCAACUCUCCCUCACGCUUCUCCCUGGAGUCCCACUCCUCUUCCCAGACACUGGAGAGGAUAGGAGAGGUGGUUGAUAAUAAGCUGUCAACCUCCUGCUGCACUGGGUCACCUAAGCCAGACAGAAUGUCAGGGGGCAAGACGGCCCUGGCAGCUUUGGAUAGUAAUCUGAGCAGUAAGAGGCUGAUAGAGCAAAUUCAUUCCAAGGUUGUGGCACAGGCAGAGCAGAGGAGCUCCAUCCAGGCUGGGGAUAACAAGAGUGUAGUCACUGCUGCUGAACAGAUCAGUCCCCGACAUGGGGCAGCUGCAAAGGAGCCGAAACAAAGGAAUGGGGCAGCAGAUAUCUCUGGUGUCAAAAAGACUUCAGCAAAGACAGGGUUAGAGAGUGAAAGGAGUCCCAAGAAGCGCCCUGCCAUCUCCUCAACAUCAUCCAGCUCUCUGUCUCCUAAGUCCCCGGCCUUUGAUAAGUCUCCCUCUCGAACACAGACCAAGGCUGCACCAUCAGCAUCAAACCCCAAGGACAAAAAUGAUGGACCUCCCAAAACUAGCAAGGGUGGUUCCUCAAGAACAGCAACCCCCUCCAAGAAAGGGUCAUCCCAAACCCCAGAGGUAUUACACCCUGACUCUGCCCAACAGAGAAAGAAUGGUUCUCCAGGAUUACAAAGCUCAUACCCUCAGAGGAGGACAUCUCCCAGGGGGGGAGGCGACAAAAGCUCAGCUUCAGGAAGAACUAAAGCAGCAGACAGGAGCACUAGCCGUGAAUCCUCACGGACCAAUGCAGUAUCUGAGAGGAAGGUUAGCCAUGGAGGUCCUCCCUCCAGGUCAAGUGCUGCUAGUAGAGUGGAGGCCAGGCCAGGUCGGACUGCGGAGAACAGGACAGUGGGUCGGAGUUCAAGCAGUAGCUCCUCCAUGACUAGUCUUCGUUCCUCAAGUGUGGGUGUUUCCUCAGCAAGCGUCACCCCACCAUUAAGGGGACCUCGUAGCAACAGUAAGACAGAAGACAAAGGCUUGUCCUUCUUCAAAACUGCUCUGAGGCCCAAAGAGACACGUAAAUCAGCUGAUGGUGGGAAAGCAGGGGCGGGUGAAGGUAAAGGAAGUCCAGAGGAUGGUGGUGGAGAGGCAGCUAAAGAAGGAAUCCCGCAUGGAGCAAGCAAAAAAGCUCAGAAUGUGGCUUCAGAAGCCCAGACUAUCUUAACCACAGCCAAAGACAAAGAAUCCUCUAAAACGUCAGCUGCAGCUAAACAUUCAUUGGUGCCCUCCACAAAGUCCAAUCUUUCUGGAGCUGAAAUUACCACCCAGUCCUCAGCCAUUGCAAAAGACACUUUGAAGAAAGAGCCUGCUAAAAAAACAUUGCCGUCCAGGAAAAUCCCCAUCAGCUCUACACAAACUAGCCAGAGGUCCAAGUGACAUUAGUCGGUGCACCUGAUAGCAAUCUUUCUAGAGCAGCUCUGAGGUCUUUUAACCACCAAACAAGACAGAAUGUCUGACAGCACCUGUAGCUUUUCAGUGCCAGCUGCCACACUGGACACUUACUGUCCACAUUGUUAAACAGAUAUGUAGGAACGGAUUUUAACAAAGCACUUUGUAUAGAUUGCGUUGAUAUUGAGGAAUAUUAUCUUGUAUUGUACAUAAGCAUGGACUGCACAUAUAAUGAAAUUACUGCCUUGUUCUAUCCGUAGCAUGGCUGGGAAAAAGUAAUACAUCUCAGUGGUAGGUGAAAAUAAAUGGGACUUUGCACAAGAUGGAAAUAUAUUGAUGGAAGGAAACUUUUGUGAUACAUCAACCUUGGACUACUCAGUCACCAAAGGAAGUUUACUGGCAGUUUUUAACAUGCUGAUGCAGUGCAGCACUGAAUUAUUUCCAAAAGUCUUUAUUCACAGCUCUCCUUCAGUACAGAGAGCCAUAUGUCAACAACAAACACCAGUGCCUCAGAUAGUCAGAGUGAAACAUUUAAUCAAAAUUGUAUAACUACAGGUGUUGGUAAAUUUAUAAUUCAAUUUUAAUAUUUAAACACUGAAAGUGUCAUUUCAAGUAAAACACAAUUACACAUAUUUAACCUGAACUGCUGUUUAUGAUUUUGAUAUAAAUUGUGCAACAACCUUUAAGAUGUAUUUUUGUGCAGUCAAAAUCAGACAGUCAUCGAGAGGCCGAGGAGAAGUGCAGGAAUGAAGCAUGUAUUGUCUGGAGACCUUUGUUUGUAAUGGUUUUUAAAUGUAUGUGUUUUACUUACCAGUCUGUUACCCCCUCAGAUGACCCGCCACUGUCCCCCCCUCUUCCCUCCAGCUGCUGAUGCCAACACUUAACCGUGAUGCCCAUGUUCCUCGUGGGGAUCAGCCUCUUCAGACUGCCAGACAUCUCCAAACAUUCCUCUGACUUGAACACAGGGUUAAUGUACAAAACCACUCCACGCACACACACAGACAGCGUAUUCAGAGACAGUGGGAUGCCUUUGUUGAACACCAUACAUGUACAUAGAGCAUUAUGGUGUGUUUGAAUCAGCUCACAUUUCACAGAGAUCACAGCUUGUGCACAGCUUUAGCUUGCAAUACAAAGCAAAUAGGCCCUGCAGUGCGCUGACAUAGACUGAGGAAAGAGAUCGCCAUUCCUGAGGUACACGACAGUUGUUGCAUGAUAAAUUGCUUAUGCAUGCACUAAACUAUGCAAGCAGAUCCUUGCUAAUGCCCACACUGAGUAUGUGCUACUCUUGGAUGUGUAUAUAUUUCUAAGUGUAUAUUUUUCCAAAUGCCAGCAUCAGAGAGCAUGUUAAGGCAUCUUUUAUUAAGGCUUUGUUUGCACAUUUCCUCAAAGUAAUAUAGAUUUGGUAUGAAUGAUAAGUAUUGCUCGUUCACCCUCUCAAAGUAAAUCAGCUCACUGCAAAUGAAUGUUUUCUCUAUUGUAUUCAUUUGUCACAUGUUUUUCCUCAUGAAAAGGUUUAACCAGGGAGCUUUUCAUAUGGCUGUGGCAAAAGAACAUUGCAGCACUUUACAACUUGUGGUAUAACUUUCAUUUCUCAUCAUAGUUUUAGGUGUGAAGUGCACAAGAAACUCCAAUGGCACAUUAAGAGACUGAACGAUUGCACUGGAAGGCAUCAUAAGCUAAUUUUAUAACAGGCGUCCCACCAAAUACAAAUGUACUACUGACAUAUAUAUAUAUAUAUACAACAGAAUUUUAGAUGCUGUACACAGACUGUCUAAGCGCCAUGAUCAAGGAGGAAUGAACAUCAUUGACCCAAGCAGCUGGACCAUGAACCACUUUGCAGUCUUAUAGUACUCGAGUCCAGCACUCGGCUUGUCCCCCUCGAGUCCAGAUUUUCAGGACUCGUGACUCGACUUGGACUUGACCACUGAUGACUGGGACUUGAAUUCGAGCAUUGACUGCAUUUGGACACGGAAGAUGGAGACAAGGGCUUGGACUUUUUUAAUUUUUAAAAAUUGAUUUAUUUAUAUAUUGUUUUUUGUAAUAGGCCAUAAUGAUUUGGCCUAAGAUAUUGAUAUAAAAACCUGUUCACCCCUACUAUAUUGUAUCUGGCACACUUCC